CCUUCUGAGCAACAACAACACAUACUACAUAUGCAUGCCACAGCCACGUUUGCCAACAAACAGACACAAGCCCUGUAUAGCACAAAUAUGUUUCUAAAAUCUUGCUUAAUAUCCAUUCAGAAACAUUUCUAUCUUCUUGCACGUUUUUUUUAAAUUCAAAGCAGCCGUUAAGUUGUCCAGUGUUUCCACACUUUUGCAUUAGGUUUAUAUAAUACCACACAUAGAUAUAGAUGGCGCUAACUUUCCACAGCUGUUCAACACAACACGCACGGAAGGCAGAAACACAACAGAAACACAAAAGCUUAUAACUAUUGACAGCAAAAUGCAGUUUUCCUGGAUGAAAAUUGCCAUAUACGUGCUAACAUUUUUGACCUACGCCUACUCGGGCUACGGCUCUAGUACAAUAGUUCACCUGAGAGAUGCAAUAAUAGCGGCCGAAGCCAUUUUCGGCGACGUGUUCAAAAAUCUCAUCACCAUAGUGCGAAAAUUUCGCACCGUACACGAAGUAUUUGAUGCUGCUGUGGAGGAGAACUGCGUCUUUGAGUGUCCGUCAGAGGGCGGAGGGCCGCCUCCUCGCGCAGUUCAAAACAAAUUUUAUACCCCCACUGCCGACGGGUGCGGCUCCCUUGGCCUGCGCAUAAGCACAGAGUACCUUCCGGCCGCUGAAAUGGAAACGUGUUGCAAUGCGCACGACAUUUGCUACGACACAUGCAACAGUGACAAAGAGCUCUGCGAUCUGGACUUAAAACGUUGCCUAUACAAAUACUGCGACAGCUAUGAGAAGUCAAUUACGAGUGAUUUAAUGACGAAGGGUUGUAAAGCAGCAGCUAAGAUGCUCUUUACAGGCACUCUGACGUUAGGCUGCAAAUCGUACUUGGAUUCGCAGAAACGUUCAUGCUAUUGUGCACCGGGGCGACAGAGCAACAGUAACAACAAGUAUGCCAAUAGCAAGGAGAAGCAGCAGCGUCAAAAAUAUGGCUGGAAGGAUCGCAACGAGAUAUAGUUAAGACUGAACAUUUCACUCAUCUGUAUAUGUUUUCAGUAUUUGUGCGUUAGUUGUUGUUAGUUAUUGUUAGUUCAGUUCAGUUUUGUGCACAUAGAAAUUGACGAAUUUUACCAACGUAUGCCAAAGAAGGCGUAUAUCCAUGUUAUUUAUAUAAAUACUUGAAUAAAA